AAGUGUAAAAAUAUGUAAAGUUAGUGUCUUUUCUUAAAAAAAGUCUUUUUAAUGGCCUCUCUCACGCCCAACAUUGCCUACUUCGGUUGCGUCUGUCUUCUUCUCUAUUAACUCUCUUCUCUUCUAUUCUCUCACUGCAUUCCCUUUCUUCUUCUUCUUUCUCUUCUUUGCUAGGCUCAUUUCAUCACAUUUAUAUAUAUAUAUAUAUAAUCACAUACAUUUGAUUCUUAGAGAAAGAAAGGAGCAGUCUUAUUAAGGAUCAAUUAAUAUAACAAUGGCUCUCAGACUCAGCUCAAUGAUCAACUUCCCAACUCACAACGUCUCUUCUAAGCCUCACACUCUCAGAUCUCCAAGGCUCUGCAUGGCCUCCACUCUCCACUCCAUUUCUAAAGAGACUGAAAAUGGAAAAAAGCCUUAUUCGCCUCCGAAGGAGGUACAUCUUCAAGUGACUCAUUCACUACCACCUCAAAAGGUUGAGAUCUUCAAGUCAUUAGAAGGCUGGGCUGAAGAUAACAUUUUGGUGCACUUGAAACCUGUGGAGAAAUGUUGGCAGCCACAAGAUUUUCUACCCGAGCCGGAAUCUGAAGGGUUUUAUGAUCAAGUCAGGGAGUUAAGGGAAAGGGCGAAAGAAAUUCCCGAUGACUAUUUUGUUGCAUUGGUCGGUGAUAUGAUCACUGAAGAAGCUCUACCGACAUACCAGACAAUGCUUAAUACUUUAGACGGGGUUAGAGAUGAGACCGGUGCAAGCCCUACUUCUUGGGGAAUAUGGACCAGGGCGUGGACUGCUGAGGAGAAUAGGCAUGGAGACCUUCUCAACAAGUAUCUGUAUCUCUCUGGAAGGGUUGAUAUGAAGCAAGUUGAGAAGACCAUCCAAUAUCUCAUUGGCUCAGGAAUGGAUCCCAAAACGGAAAACAACCCGUAUUUGGGUUUCAUCUACACCUCCUUUCAAGAGAGGGCUACAUUCAUCUCCCAUGGAAAUACUGCCAGGCAAGCCAAAGAGCACGGUGACCUGAAACUGGCGCAGAUAUGCGGCACAAUUGCUGCCGAUGAGAAACGUCAUGAAACUGCCUACACAAAGAUUGUGGAGAAGCUCUUUGAGAUUGACCCGAAUGGCACUGUUAUGGCUUUUGCUGACAUGAUGAAGAAGAAGAUAUCGAUGCCUGCCCACUUGAUGUACGACGGGAAGGAUGACAAUCUUUUCGAUCACUUUGCAGCAGUUACACAGAAGCUUGAAGUUUACACUGCCAAGGAUUAUGCUGAUAUCAUGGAGUUUCUGGUUGGAAGAUGGAAGAUUGAGAAAUUGAGUGGUCUUUCGAGUGAGGGCCACAGAGCACAAGAUUAUGUGUGUAAAUUGCCCCAGAGGAUAAGAAAGUUGGAGGAGAGAGCUCAGGGAAGGACCAAGCAAGCAUCAAUGGUUCCUUUCAGCUGGAUAUUUGGUAGAGAAAUCAAGAUUUGAAGUGGUGGUGCUGCUGCUGCUGAGUUGAGUUUGGUCACCAAUGGCAAUCAAUCUCAAAUAUAUAAUAUAGUACUUAAUAGUAGUGAAGAGUACGUGAAUCAGUAAUAGAUAAAGAGAUCAUCAUCAUCAUCAUAGAAUAGAAUAUCAGUAUCAUCCCUAUGCUGCUGCUGCAUUUUCCAUCACUCUUUCUUUUUUUCUUUAGUCUUCUUUCCUUGUGUGAUCAAUCAAUCUAAGGCUUUGUAGAUACUGUUUGUUUUUUCUUUAGUUGGUUGUUAAAAGAUCAACUGUAAAAGACAACUAUCAAUACUUUGUGUUUCUUUCUUUCUUUUUCUUUUUUAAAAGCCUAGAAUUUCUAUAACAACAAUAAAAAACAAGUGUUAGUACAUUGUUCACA